AUGUCUGCAAGUCCUUACAACGACUACAGUGGAUCGGGGGACACCGAGUACGGCCAGGAAACUCUUUCGGGUUCCACUGGGUUCUUUACUGCUGACUACAAGCGUCAUGAUGACCUCAAGAAUAUGCUGGACUCCAAUAAAGACAGCCUCAAGUUGGAGGCCAUGAAGCGAAUCAUCGGGAUGGUGGCAAAGGGCCGCGAUGCCUCGGAUCUCUUCCCGGCUGUCGUCAAAAAUGUCGUGUCAAAGAACAUCGAAGUCAAGAAACUGGUCUAUGUCUACCUGGUCAGAUAUGCAGAAGAUCAGCAGGACUUGGCACUGCUCAGCAUUUCAACAUUUCAGAGGGCUCUGAAAGAUCCAAAUCAGUUGAUCAGAGCCAGUGCAUUGCGAGUAUUAUCUAGCAUUCGAGUCCCUGUUAUCGUACCCAUCAUGAUGCUGGCCAUCAAAGAUGGCGUGAGCGACAUGUCACCUUAUGUCCGCAAGGCAGCUGCUCAUGCCAUUCCAAAAUUGUAUGUUCUGGAUCCAGAACAGAAAGAAGAGCUGAUGGGAGUGAUUGAAAAAUUACUGUCCGAUCGGACAACUCUCGUGAUGGGUUCUGCUGUCAUGGCUUUUGAGGAUGUUUGCCCAGAACGCACCGACCUCAUCCAUAAGACUUACAGGAAGCUGUGUAAUCUCCUAACUGAUGUAGAAGAGUGGGGGCAGGUCAUCAUCAUCAACAUGCUCACCCGUUAUGCCCGAUCCCAAUUUGCAGACCCUACCCAAGGUGCACUAGAAGACCCUAAUCGACCUUUCUAUGACAGCGAUGAUGCAGAUAAAGAUGAAGAAGAUCAUACAAAGGAGAAAGCGAAACAAAUGGACCCAGAUCAUCGCCUACUGCUUCAAAACACCAGGCCCCUUCUCCAGAGUCGAAAUGCAUCGGUGGUAAUGGCUGUUGCCCAGUUGUACUACCACUGUGCUCCACAGUCAGAGUUCCCUCCGGUCGUCAAGGCACUGAUCCGCUUGUUGCGCUCGCGCAGAGAGGUACAGAGCAUUGUACUCAAUGUUGUGGCUGCCAUGUCUACCAAGCGGAAGGGGCUCUUUGAGCACUACAUGAAGAGUUUUUAUGUCCGAAGCACAGACCCCACACAUAUCAAAUUGCUCAAGUUGGAGAUUCUGACUAACCUGGCCACGGAAUCAAAUAUUUCCCUAAUUUUGAGAGAACUGGGAACAUACAUCGGAGAGGGAGAUCCAGAAUUCGUUGCUGCAAGCAUCCAUUCCAUUGCACGUUGUGCCUCUGAGAUCAAGGAAGUGGCUGAUACAUGCCUGAAUGGGCUGGUACUCCUGCUGUCCAAUCCAGAUGAGGCAGUCGUAGCAGAGAGUGUUGUCGUCAUCCGGAAGCUUUUACAGCUGCAGCCGUCUCAUCACAAAGAUAUCAUCACCCAGAUGGCAAAGAUGGUGGACACGAUUACAGUUCCCAAUGCCAGAGCUUCCAUUCUUUGGCUCUUGGGAGAGUAUUCCGAGCGUGUUCCAGGUGUUGCUCCGGAUGUCCUGCGCAAGAUGGCCAAGGUCUUCAUCGAACAGGAGGACAUCGUGAAACUCCAGAUUCUCAACCUGGCCGUGAAGUUGUACGUGACCAACCCGGAACAAACGAGCCUCCUGACCCAGUACAUAUUGAAUCUGGGUAAAUACGAUCAGAGCUACGACAUUCGGGAUCGCACCCGCUUCUUCCGUGCUUUCAUCUUCCCUGUGGGUGAUGCCCAAAAGUCUCAGCUAGUAAAGUAUGCUAAAAAGAUUUUCCUCACCAACAAGCCUCCCCCAAUUAUUGAGUCAAGAUUCAAGGACAGAGAGGAAUUCCAAAUAGGUACUCUUUCCAACUACAUAAAUGCCAAGGCAAUGGGGUACUGGGAGUUGCCAGCUUUCCCAGAAGUCCCACCGGAUCCCAGUGUUCGAAAUGUGGAGAUUCCAUCAUCACCGAGCUGGCCUGCCCCAGCCAGAACAGCCAGGAAACCGCACACAAAAGGCAAGACCUCCAAAGUUUCAUUUUACUCGGAGUCAGAAGAAGAAGGGGAGGAGGAGGAGAAUGAAGGCGAAGAAUCUUCCGAGGAAGAAGAGAACGAAGAGUCAUCCAGCGAGGAGGAAUCCGAAGAGGGCAGUUCCGAGGAAGAGAGCGAGGAGGCAGAGACGCCGGUGAAGCCGAAACCGCCAGCGGCGACUCCCAAGAAGGCUGAUGAGCCCCCGAAGAAAAAGCCAGCACCGGUGAGUGAAUCUGAGUCUGAAGAAACGGAAAGCAACGAAGAAUCUAGUUCUUCAGAGGAAGAAGCUUUACCAAAGUCGACGCCGAAGAAGAAGCCGGAAAGUCCUCCAAAAUCAAACUUGGAUUUGCUGAUGGAUUUGGAUUUUGGUACCGAUACCUCAUUUUCCAGUCCGAUGCUGAUGCCACACGCAACAUUGCCUAGUACACCUAGCAAAGAAAUGUUGUCGGCUGCACCGACCAAAGCGUGGAAGGUCGUGCCAGCCGUCUUCGUGCCCACGACGUAUAAAACCUUGUUGAGUCGCACCGCCGGCGGGGGUUGUGAGAUCACCUACCGCUUCACUCGCACGCCCAAUCUCUAUUCGCCGAGGAUGAUAUCCGUCGAGCUGGUAUAUACCAACAUGGGUGAUGAGGGCAUCAACGAGAGCAUUUCGGUGAAGAACGUCGGGAACGAGGACUUCAAAGCUCCGUCCGUGGUGAGCGGGCUCCAAGCUCAGCGCUCCGCCAGCGGGACCAUGGGAAUCGACCCCGGAGAAUCGACCCAGCCGCUGAAACUAGAAAUCGCGAUCGGAGGGCUCGUCCACCCCGCCCAACUGGUCGUCCCGAUCGGCGAGCGCGUGCGCCCCCUGGCGAUGGACGCCGCGACCUUCACCGCCGAGCGAAGCAAGCUGAAGGGCAUGAACGAGAACAGGGCGAAGGUGAAGGUCGCGCCGGGGAGGAGCCUCUCGAAGGACCUCCUCUCGCUGGUGAACGCGGCGCCGAUCGGCGAGGAUCACCGGUUCGCGUGUCAGACGGUGUCCUCCGAGUGCCUGAUCCUCGUGGGGUUGGAGCCGAGCGGCGAGGACUGUACCGUGGUCGUCAACUGCGAGAAGAUGGUCCUGGCGUCCAUGCUCCUCAAGGAGAUCAGGGAGGGACUGGCGGCUUGA